CACCAUUUAGAUGUUUCAGAUUUCAAGGCGCCGUAUAGUAUCUCACUCAUAAUUACUUGUACUGUACAUGUACAGCAUGUGGUAACACAAGUACGCUUGUUGAAAUCUAAUGAUGGCCGUGUUUUGGUUUUGUUCUCUCUAAGAUCCCGUGUGCUGGUCUGAUUGAAGUGGGCACGGCGACACUUGCGUGCGUACAGUAAAACUGGCUGUCCCGGAAACGAAGUAUUAUUUCCAAUCUUUUGUACGUGUUUUCUGUUAUGAAAUGUCGGCGUGAACAUACUGUAUUCAACACCCUUUGCUUCAGGUAGAUUAUACAGCCGGAAGAGGGGAUUGAGACAGACAGAAGAUGAGACAUUAAACAUUCUCAACAAUCAAUCGUUAGAAAAUCUCUGAUUUCUGCUUUUUCACGGCGCAGAUGUACUUUUUUUCCUCCGAAUCAGAUGACCCAGCUGGUAGAGGAUGUCCUGAUUGCUUUACUUUCCCUGACUGACUGCUCCAUUGACCAAUCAAAAGAUGUUAUUUCCAUUAUCUUGAGAAAAUAUGGUGCAUCUGGAAGUGAUAGAGGAUUAUCCUCCAGGAUAACUGAAGCAGGAGUAAAGGUGGUCAACAUUGAAAGGGAUGGGAGCAUUCUGUAUGCGUGGAAGGGAACAUCAGGGACCACUAACAUAGGAAAAUAUGACCCCCAGAUCAAGCAGAACAAGCUUCUGUACACUUUUGACAAGGAGGUGUGUGUCAGCAGCACUUCAGUAAACAAAGAAGAAACAUUGCUGGCGGUGAGUGUUGUGCAGAAGACAAAGAGAGAUGGACACAGAGAGCCCCUCAGACCAGAUUCCAAAUGUAUAACGCUACUCAUCGAGAUUCAUCCGUUAAACAACACGAAAGUCCUGAAAGCUGUUGACUGUCGGAUAAGAGUUCAGUUUCUGUAUCCCGAUGUGGAAAAGAACCGAGUACAUGAAAGCCACCUGCUGCUGAUGUCGGAAGACAGCUAUGUUGAGCUGUUUCAUAUAAGCUUGGCCACAGAAGAAGGGUACAGAGUGGUUAUUCAAAAUCCCAACCGCCUGCCCAAGGAGAAGGUGGCUGAGGAUUUCACUUGGGCGCAGUGGAAUGUGGACACACAAAGACUCUUCUACCUCACUGUGAAGGAAAAAUCACUCCUUAGAUGUGUCCAGUUUUAUUCUGACCGGAUCUAUGAAACACUGCUGGAACUUUCCCUGGAUCUUCCUGCCAGUCCGUUUGCCUCUGUGAGGUUUAUCAACUUUGGUUAUGACCAUUACAAAGACGAGGAGGAAGCAGAUGGGAGUCUGAACCUGGUUAUUUUCAUGAGCAAAGCAGGAAGCAUGUGUGUGUGCUACUGCCAGCCAGUGUGCACUGGGGAGGACGUCGCAUACACUAUUGCUUUUGUACAUAGAGGGUGCAGUAAGACCUACAGAGUUGCAAUGGAAAGAGCUGCACCUCCACAAAGGACAGACCUGGUUCUCAUUAGCCUGGAUUACUAUAUAGCUGUAUGUCUGCCUGGUCACUUCCUGCACUUCAUCAACAUAAGGCAGCCUGACUUGCUUUGCCACAGCCUCUUCCUGACAGGUGAAGAUGCCAGGCUAUGCUCAUUAGGCCCCGACAGCACAAUCCUUUCUCUGCCUGAAGCUAUGUUGCUAGAGGUGCAGUCAGGGACCUUGUUUAAAGCAACUAUAUCCAGUUCGCUCCUGCUGGAGUUUCUGUGUAGAAGCAGACUGGAUUGCCACAGGUUGGCAGCUCUGCACUGUGCUGUCACUUACCUCACACCAGAGACAGAUGUAGAACUGCAGAUUAUACACUGGUUAUGUGAAAAUGUGAUGAGCUUUGACUCCUUUGAUCAAAUUCAAGAAUUUAUUCUAGCAUCAUUGUAUAGAAGAAGCCGCCAGCAGUCUUUCAUUCUGGAUAGAGUUCUUCCAUAUUCAUCACUCUCACACUGGGAAGAGGGAGUCCCUGGAGUGACCUGCAGUACAGAACUUCUCUUGGAGCCAGUCUUCAGGGGAAAGGCGAAAAAUCUCAAAGGGUAUUGGGAAGAACUGCACUGCAAUAUAGACUCUAUCAAGUACUUCGAGGCUGUCCCAAAUCCACGAUACAAACCCGCUCUGAUCACCAGAGACUGGAACAGGCUGUGGGCUGAAAUGAAUUCUGAUGAAAAGAAGCCUACCAGCUACUUGCGAAACAUUCAAGAGAACACCAAGAAGGUUUUGUCUAUUGUGGAGACCUGGCACUUGGAUAAGAGGGUAGUUCCUCUCUUCCAGGAGGAGGAUUUCCAGCAGAGGGCGCUGAUAGGCCUGAUGGUGGACAAGCUAAGAGAUCAUAUCAACAGACAUUUAAAUCGUCUAGGAAAGAAGAGGAUCGACAUGCUGGUUGUUAAUUACGUGGCACAAGUGCUGGAACUAACCCGACACAUUCUGGAGACUGUAUGGAUAAAGUAUAACCUGAGCUCAAAUGUCCUUUCUGUCAAAGAGCGGGGCAGCUCUUCUGAGUGGGCUGUGUUCCACCUGAUGAGCCGGAUUUUGGAAGCAGCCAAGAGUCAGUGUCUGCCUCUGCCUCCUGGAUUUAAUUCCCUGCUGACUGUGCUGGGAAUGCGCUGCCUACCUCAGCACACCUUCCUGCAGUACAUCGACCAUGGCAUCCUGCAGCUCACGGAGCCCUUCGUCACCCGGCUGUUGAAAGAUCUUGACAACAGUGACAAAAAUGAACAGAUGAAGUUUAGCAUCAUGAAGCGACUUCCAGAGUCUCUGGACCAGAAGAUCUAUCAGCUUUGGGAUCAUCCCAUCAGCUCAGCCUGCAUAGCCAGGAACUAUGUCAGGAAUCUAUUUGAGAAACUUGGGAAGAAGCAGGGCUCUUCCCUAAGGCAGAGAGACCACACUUUUUUCCAGACAGAGUUCCUGCCCCUCAACUACUUAACCAAGACAUUGUCAGACGUAGAGGACAAAGCAUUGAACCCUUUUGAAGAGCAAGAGAAUGUGGAUGCAAAGUUUGUUGAGGAAAUAGCUCUGAAACAGACUUCAGUUCUGCUGGGGUUUGAGGAGACAUAAUUGAGGCAAAGGGCUCAGGAGGGUGGACGCAGAUCAGGAUGAAGACCGAAGGCAGGGAGUACACCAACCGAUCGUCCAUCCAUGUAGGACACAGUUGUUGGUGCAGUAAGGAAUGCGUCCUGCUAGAAAGUAUCCCAAUAUUGCAUUGUUAUGGAUUUUGAACAGGCUCCCAGUAGCAGAGCCAGCACAGGAGAGUAAAUCCAGCAAAAUCUUUUUAUAUAUCAUUAUUCUUUAUUAUAACGAACCUGAAGGGUUCAGUAAUAUAGAAUGUUUAUUAAUGUUGUGAGCCAAAAUGAAUAACAGAUGCUUGGUUUUUUUAGCAAUACUGACAAUAUAUUAACUUCCUACUUAUUGUAAUAAGGUAUUUUGUAACUGGAUUUCUCUGAAAAAGGAAAUAGUUCCAAAGUCACUUGACAAAAACUUUUUUGAGAUGCUUUAAAUUCGUGCCUGUAUAUUUAAAUGUUGCGUGCUGCGAGAUUUAAGGAAGUUAAAAUUUGUACAUUCUGUAUAAUAAAAAGUGCAAAUCAGAGUAAUCUUGUAACUAAAAGGAUGUGUUAGAAAAGGGAUAUUUUUUCUCACUGGUAGCUAACAGACACAAAAAGGACACCAUCCGUUUAUAAAAAUGUAUUUGUCAAUACAAUAAUAAUUUUUUGGAAGAAUUGUUUACAGUGCUGUUUUAAGGUGUAACAAAAAUCAUUGUUACGUGAUGCCUGAAAUUUAUUCCACUACAUUGCUUUAUCACAAUGAGCUUCUGAAUGAUAUUUUUGAUUCUUUGAUUGAAGCCCUGUUCACAUCAGAAACAAAAGAGCAACAGCAUAAUAAAAAAAAUUAGGUGGGAAAUAAAACAAAUAAUUGUCAAUUCUAAGUGUGAAAUCAAGAAAUACAAUUAUUAUUAUUGGUACUAUUGUAUUGAAGUUAAGGUAAUUUACUGGGAUAGUUGAUGUCAAACAAAUUUGUUGAGCUCCACCAUCUCCUUAAGCUUUUCCUGCUCAGCAUCUACACUUUCUCAAGGAUCUGGUAUUUUUGUUGCAUUGUCUGUGUUGACUGCUGUAAAAAUAGUGUACUUUGCAUUUGGGUCAAACAUGCCUUUUCUAUUUCUAGCUAUUGAUCAGGGCAAUGGUUGUAGUAAACAUUAUUGCAUUGUAA